CGAUGAGAAAAGGUCAUAGGUUUUCAAAACAAAAACUCAGAAUACGUGUGAAAUACGUGUAUAAUGACGUGAAAUUGAGAAAUUGCGGGACAAGAAUUCAAACGACGAAUUAAAUCUGCUGCAGCGCGCGCUACACAUGUGACAGCACUGAUGCUGGCUACCUACCCUACCUACAGUUACAACUGUGCCAUAUGUUUACAUACCACGAGCCUAUUAUCUAUUAGUGAUACGAGUGUAUAUACACUAAGCGGGGAAUGAAAAGCAAACGCCCCUGGAACGUCAUUUGACAGUGAUAUUGAUGAAUUCUUGAGUUUAAUUAUUGACGUUACACGAUGAUGCAACAGUACAUGAAGGAGCUGGAGCAGGAACCUUUUGAUCCCGAGGAAUUUGUCGAGAGACUAGCAUGGCGAACGGUCAACGAUACGUUAAAGGAUGGAGAAAAAGGCACCUUUGAUCCUGUCCUGGUACACGAGACAUUUCUGCAGGCUAUAAAAGACCUACAAGUUUUGCAGGAGCGACAGCAAAAGAAGUGUGAUAAAUUAGAGGCUGCAUGCAAAGAUGAAGAAAUGCGCCAUGCUCUUGAAAUUCUUGAACUUCAAGAAAAGAAUAAACAUGCUAUGGAACUGUUCCACCAAUUAGAUGAAAGGAUAAAUUUUGUGGCCACCAAAGUCUUACAUCUCGGAGAUCAACUAGAAAAUGUCAAUACUCCUAGGGCAAGAGCUGUCGAAGCUCAAAAACUUAUGAGACAUUUUGCUGAAUUUCUCAGCCCUGGCCCACUCACUGACCCUGUUUUCACAGAUAAAUCUUCGUUGGAUGAAGCUGCAGAUGUGAUUCAGAAACUACACUUGAUAGCUCAAGAAUUACCAUCUGACAAGUUUGACAGUGCAAAGAAGAAGAUAAGCACUAAAUAUGACGAAAUUGAAAGGAGUUUGAUCGAGGAAUUCGCAAGGGCACACAGCGGGGAGGAUGCUACAAGGAUGAGAGAGCUGGCUUCGAUGUUAUCACAUUUCAAGGGAUAUUCACAGUGUGUAGAUGCAUUCAUUGAGCACAGUCAGAUGGGCUCGUUUGGAGGAAAGGACGUUUUCCAGGAUGUUAUACCGAUGUGUACUAAAAAUUUCAAGCUGAUGCAGCAGGUUUUUACCAAUCCCAAUCAAGUUAUGGCCAAGUUCGUUCUCAACAUCUAUCACCUAAGAUUACAGAAGUAUAUCGUGGCUAAGCUCGCAGAUCGCACUGACUCAGAUAAAUAUCUGAAAAAUUUAUAUGAUCUCUAUUCGAAGACUGUCAAAAUAUCGAAUGAAUUAAAACACUUUGAUAUGGGCACCGAUGAAGCUUAUCUUGCCAAACUGACCAGGAAUAUAUUUCAAAAGCAUCUUGAUUCAUACAUAAGUAUCGAAACUAAAUCUCUGCGAGAAAAAUCGGCGGCUUUAUUGAUAAAGUAUUAUGAGUCUAAGAACCAUCAAAAAAAACAGCUCCAGACCGGAGGCUUUCAAGAGCUACGACGUGAUCUACAAGCUGUUCUGGGAACAAGAACGAAUAUCAACAUCGUUCAGAUAGAGGAUUACGGUGGGGAAACGUUUCUUUCAGAGGAACUUGCAAUCGCUUUACUGCAAGAAAGCAAAUUGGCUUUCCAACGUUGUCAAAUACUCUCUCAGCCUAGCGAUUGUCCUGGAAAUGCUCUACAAAUUUUAGAAAUUCUCCUUCAGUAUCUGACAAAUGAGCACGUCGACUACGCCCUCGAAUUAGGACUGCAAAGCGUGCCUAUACCUGAGAGUGGAUCUCAGCCAGAAAUACACUUUUUUAACGUUGUGAGACGAUGUAACGCCAUCAUUCACCUACUUGAGAAACAAUUCAACGACAGCCUUGUACCACUUGUAAUAUCAACAUCUAAGCACGGUGAUUGCUUAGCAAAGAAGAAGGUAGUUUUAGAACAGCUGGAAUUAAAAUUGGACACUGGUUUGGAUAGAAGCAUAAAUGCAAUCGUAGGCUGGGUGAAAAUCUAUUUGCAAAGUGAACAGCGGAAAACGGAUUUCAAGCCAGAGUCGGAUGUUGACACGUUAAACACACCCGCUUGUUUGGUAGUAGUUCAAUAUGUGACAUCGAUGAUAAACCAUAUAAGAGAUCGGCUUGAUGAGAAAAACGUAGAAACUGUAUUAACUGAAUUAGGUGUCAGAUUCCACAGGGUGAUCUAUGAACAUCUGCAGCAAUUCCAAUUCAAUUCUGCAGGCGCAAUGUGCGCUAUAUGCGACAUGAACGCCUACAGAGAAUGUGCAAAGACGUUGAAAGUCGGUCUGGUAACCAGCCUCUUUGAUACAUUACAUGCUCUCUGUAACCUGCUGCUCGUUAAGCCUGAGAAUUUGAAACAAGUAUGCACGGGAGACCAGUUGGCAAUGCUGGAGAGAUCAGUAUUAAUAAACUUUAUCCAACUGAGAACGGAUUAUAAAACUCAAAAGUUAGCAAACUGUUUAAAAGGGCUUGCGGCGUGAAACCAUAGAAAUAAAAAUGGAAGGUGUUGGAAAACUACCAGAGUAUGAAAUGUAAAUAGCAAACGAAGACUUAUUUUUUGUUGAUCUUCUCGUCGUUUCUUUCCUUUGCAUGAUGAUUGGGUCAACGACAAUAAAGAAACAGAGGUUCAUAGCAAA